GAGGCGUCGGCAUUGGCUGAGGCCGCGACGGUUGGUGGCCGGAAGGAGGAUUUGACUGGCGCACCAACGGUGCUGCUGGCAGAGGUACCCCUGAGACUGAGGGGACAGGGCGCGAGGUGGGGGCGAGGACAGGCCUCCGAGCCAGAGCAGCGUGACAGCAGCAGAAACGAUGAGAUGCGCAUCGGCCUGAAGGAGGGGCCCUCCCUCGGGCGUUUACUUUGAAAGGAAUGCGAUGUUAAUUCUGGGGCAUUGAUGGUUUACAAUGCCUGAUCAAGACAAAAAAGUGAAGGCCACUGAAAAAUCAACUGAUAAAAAACAGCAAGGAGUCACCACCAGGGACUAUUCAGAUCUUAAAAGACUUCUGUGCCUUUUGAACGUUCAAGCAAGCAAGCAACAGCUUCCAGCCAUUCACUUCGAUAGUGCCCAGAACAGCGUGAUGAAGUCUGAGCCUGCCGUCAGGGCAGGUGGGCAGAGAGCUCGAGGUCGGUGGCAUGAAUCCACAGAAGCUGUUGAACUUGAAAAUUUUAGUAUAAACUACAAGAAUGAGAGAAAUUUCAGCAAACAUCCCCAGCAUAAACUAUUUCAGGAGAUAUUUACAGCCUUGGUGAAAAAUAGACUCAUAUGCAGAGAGUGGGUUGAUCGCGCUCCAUCUCUUCAUUUUCUGAGAGUGUUAAUUUGUCUGAGACUCCUAAUGAGGGAUCCAUGUUAUCAGGAAAUACUUCAUAGCUUGGGUGGAAUUGAAAACCUAGCUCAGUACAUGGAGAUCGUGGCGCACGGGUACCUCGGCUACGGGGAGGCGCAGCACAGUGUGGACAAGCUGGUCAACAUGACGUAUAUUUUUCAAAAACUUGCUGCUGUCAGAGACCAAAGAGAAUGGGUCACCACAAGUGGAGCUCACAAGACAUUAGUAAAUUUACUCAGUGCCCGAGAUACGAAUGUUCUGUUGGGCGCCCUUCUGGCUCUGGCUAGUUUAGCUGAAAGUCCAGAGUGUAGGGAGAAGAUAAGUGAGCUCAACAUUGUAGAAAAUCUGCUGAUGAUUUUGCAUGAAUAUGACUUGCUUUCCAAAAGAUUGUGUACAGAGCUGCUGCGCCUGCUCUGUGCCGAGCGCCAGGUGAGAGAGCAGGUGAAGCUCUACGAGGGGGUCCCUGUCCUGCUCAGCCUGCUGCACUCAGACCACCUGAAGCUGCUAUGGAGUGUCGUCUGGAUUCUGGUGCAAAUUUGCGAGGACCCAGAGACCAGCGUGGAAAUCCGCAUUUGGGGUGGCAUCAAGCAACUUCUUCAUAUUUUACGAGGAGACAGAAAUUUUGUUUCUGAUCGAUCCUCCAUUGGAAGCCUGUCUAGUGCCAAUGCGGCUGGCCGAAUCCAGCAGCUUCAUUUGUCAGAAGAUUUAAGCCCUCGGGAAAUACAAGAAAAUACUUUUUCUCUUCAAGCAGCCUGCUGUGCGGCCCUCACGGAGCUGGUGCUGGACGACACCAACGCCCACCAGGUGGUGCAGGAAAAUGGUAUAUAUACAAUAGCAAAAUUAAUUUUACCAAACAAACAAAAGAAUGCAGCAAAAACUAAUCUAUUACAGUGUUAUGCAUUCAGAGCCUUGAGGUUUCUCUUCAGUAUGGAAAGAAACAGACCACUCUUUAAAAGACUUUUCCCCACCGACCUGUUUGAGACCUUCAUUGAUAUAGGACAUUAUGUUCGUGAUAUCAGUGCUUACGAAGAAUUAGUAUCAAAGUUGAAUUUAUUAGUGGAGGAUGAUCUGAAGCAAAUUGCUGAAAAUGUUGAAAGCAUUAAUCAGAAUAAAGCUCCUUCAAAAUAUAUAGGCAACUAUGCGAUUUUGGAUCAUCUCGGCAGUGGAGCUUUUGGCUGUGUUUACAAGGUUAGGAAGCGCAGUGGUCAAAAUCUUUUAGCAAUGAAAGAGGUCAACUUACAUAACCCAGCAUUUGGAAAAGAUAAAAAAGACCGAGACAGCAGUGUAAGGAAUAUUGUUUCUGAAUUAACCAUAAUUAAAGAACAGCUUUAUCAUCCAAAUGUUGUACGCUAUUAUAAAACAUUUCUGGAAAAUGAUAGGCUGUAUAUAGUUAUGGAACUUAUAGAAGGGGCCCCUCUUGGAGAGCAUUUCAGUUCUUUGAAGGAAAAACGACAUCAUUUUGCUGAAGAGAGACUAUGGAAAAUAUUUAUACAGCUGUGCCUGGCUCUUCGGUACCUGCACAAGGAGAAGAGGAUCAUCCAUAGAGACCUGACGCCAAACAACAUCAUGCUGGGGGACAAGGACAGAGUGACUGUCACUGACUUUGGCCUGGCAAAGCAAAAACAAGAAAGCAGUAGACUUACAUCUGUUGUGGGAACAAUUCUGUAUUCCUGCCCGGAGGUUCUGAAGAGUGAGCCGUAUGGGGAAAAGGCGGACGUGUGGGCAGCAGGCUGCAUCCUUUAUCAGAUGGCGACCCUGGAUCCUCCCUUCUACAGCACCAACAUGCUCUCCCUGGCCACAAAAAUAGUGGAGGCGGUAUAUGAACCAGUGCCAGAAGGCAUCUACUCUGAAAAGGUGAUCACUACCAUCAGCAGGUAA